AUGCCUGUAAUCUUUAAUGUUGUUAAAUCCUGCAACCCUUCUACAUCUGUACUUUUCUCUGCAGGAUUUGGUAGUAAGAAGCCCUUUGUUUCUGGAAGGAAAUCUAUGUCCAAGGAACCUUAUGCUCCACAACCGAAGCCUCCAGGAGUCGAAGGAUUUCUUCCCUGGAGAACUGCAGAGAGGGCAAACAGGCACAGAGAAAUGUCCUUGGACUGUAUUCCAUAUUCUCCCAUGCAGACAGGUAGUCCAGUGAAAGUGUCUGUGGAUAGUGAGAGCUCCUGUGACAGUGAUGAAUCUGAGGGUUCUGCAGACCUUAUCAUUGACAGAUCCAGGGUGUCUGGGACUCCAGAGAAGAGGGAUGCGAGAAACUACAAGCGUUUGCAGGCUGCAUUGGAGGAAUGCCAGCUAAGACUAGAAGAAGAAAGGAAAGCAAGGUUAAGCGCUGAUGACAGGAUAAUGGAGCUGGAAGUUGAAAAUACCCGAUUAAGACAAAUCAAUCACACUCUUUCAGAAGCACUUGAGACGCGAACGGUAACGUCUGUGCUUUUGGAGGAUGAAGGAGUUCUUGACAGCAUAGAAAGAUCCUUCAGUAAAUUCCACGCUUUCCUGGAUCUUUUGAAAGAUGCAGGCUUGGGCCAGCUUGCCAGUAUGGCAGGCAUUGAACAGUCUGACUUUGCCCUGCCAGGGGAUCCACAAAUGUCUUCAACAAUUGGACAAGCUCAACCAUCCUCCUCUGAAACCCACAAUGACCUGCAAAAAACCUUCCUACUUGACCGGAGAAGAGAUAAGGAAGACCCCCCUCCAAGUCUUUCCGUAGAAUCCCAUGUCAUGGCUGCAGCAGCCUUCCCUCCUCCUGGUGAAUCUGAUAAAAUUCACGCCAGCAGCUUGAAGAGCAAAGAGUUUGAUCUUCCUAUAAAGGAUUUGGAGUCACACAAGAACAGCACGAUGCCUUCUGAACAGCAGAAUACAGAUGGUUUAAAGAGAGCCUACCUGUCGGAAAAGAAAGGAGCUGGUAACGAGUGCUCUGCUUCAGAUUCCAGCAAAAGCAGGAAAAGUAGUGCAAGUAAAAAGUCCAAAGAUUCAUCUAGCGGAAAGGAUAGAAGGCAAUCUUCAAAAAGAAAUCUUUCUGUGGCCUCGUACAAGGUUUGUUCUGAGGAUGCUGGACAUCAAAACGGUCACAAAAGUUCACCUUUUUCUGAUGUCAGUGAAUCAGAAAUCCCAGAAAACCUACACUCCACCAGCCACAGCGGUUUAGAAUGAGCAGUGAUCGUUGACUUAACUUUGAUCAAGUUUAAUCUUUCCUUUUGCUGAACAUGUUUA